ACCUUUUAAGGACGGCCGACGGCUUUAUACGGCAAUAGUAAAUUUGUCUGACAGACUGUAGUCGGAUAUAGCCGACACCAGGUUCUACAUUGCCUCUGCACUGGUGCCGUCUAUAUCCGACACUGUAGAAAAAGUGUUGGGCUCCACAGACGACUGACGCGUUAUUCCGACACAAAAAAUGGAUGUUGUACCGCCGAGUGUCGGUUGAACCCGUCGUGUCGGAUAUAUCCGACACUCGUCUGCUAGCUAUAUCAUGGGUAGUACUGGCGUAUAGGUUAUGUUAUGAUGGCAGAAGACGGAAUUGCCGGCCCUUCCAGGCCUAAAAGAAGCAAAGUACAGUUGAAUAAUUAUUGUGGAUUAGAUCCUAAAGAAGCUGCUCACCUUCUGCAGCUUCUGAUUGAUGAAAACAGUGACAAUGAACUCGAAGAACCGUUUGCGGACAGUGGUAGUGAAUAUGAAUUGGAAAGUGAAUCGGAAGAAUCAGCUGACGAGGAAAAUAUCAUAGAUGAAGACAUCGUGGAUGAAGCCAAUGAAAUACCUAAUGAUAUUAGAGAUGACGAUGAUUCCCAAGAAGGUAAUCCAGGUGGUAAUGAAACGGAUCACAGUGACAUCAACAUUACAUGGACAAAAAAUAAUUUCCAACCUAUAUUACAUACAUUCAACAGCAGUUACAGCGGAAUACAGGGAGACGUCCUCAAUCAAGCUUCUAAAGAGAUUGAUUAUUUUUUCAAUCUUAUUACCGAGGAUGUAACUGAUCUGAUAAUUACUGAAACCAACCGGUAUGCACGACAGCAAGAUGAGAAAAAAUGGAAGGAUAUAGACUUGCCUGAGCUGUCUAUUUUUUUGGCUUUGACAAUGCUAAUGUCACGGAAUAAAAAACUUGAUAUGAAGGAAUAUUGGUCAAAAGAUCCGUUGCUAAAUUCUCCAAUAUUUGGUAAGCAAAUGCCCAGGGAUAGGUAUUUACAAAUCAAGAGAUGUCUGCAUUUCGCAGACAAUGAAAAUGCGCCAACUAACAACCGUCUAUACAAAAUAGAGACGCUGCUACAAAUGAUCAAAAAGAGACUUGCAGAUCUCUUCCAUCCGUUCCAAGACCUUGUCAUUGACGAGAGUAUGGUUCUAUUCAAAGGACGACUUAGUUUCAAACAAUAUAUAAAGACCAAACGACAUCGCUUUGGCAUCAAACUUUAUGUUCUGUGUGAUUGUGAAACGGGGAUAGUUCAGGACUUCGUGGUUUAUAUUGGACAGCAAACCAACAUUCAGGUAAGAGACGUGAAGGGACUUGGUUCUUCUGGGUCAGUGGUCGCCGCUUUGAUGGAUCCGUACUUACACAAAGGACAUUCGCUCUUCACAGACAAUUAUUAUAGUAGUCCGAUACUCUCUACUUAUCUUCAUGAAAAUGAAACUAACUCAAGUGGCACUGUUCGAGCAAACAGGAAACACAUGCCUGUCCUCAACUCAAAACUGAAGAAAGGAGAUAUUGAUUGGAGAUGCAGUGACAAAAUUCUGGUGAUGAAGUGGAAAGAUCGAAGAGAUGUCUCCAUGAUAACCACUAUGCACGAAAAUAAAAUGGUCAAUCUUGACAAAGUGGACAAGGUCACUGGAGAACCAGUCAAGAAGCCAUUAUGUGUGGUGGACUAUAAUGGGAAAAUGGGAGCUGUUGACCGGUCUGACAUGAUGAUAAGUAGCAUAGAAUGCAUGCGUAAAAGCAAUAAGUGGUACAAAAAGCUAUUUUAUCAUGUCAUGGACAUUUGUAUGCUGAAUUCCCAUGCGAUGUAUUCACUUAUAAAUCCAGAAAAGGUUCCUCUGGCUAAAUUCCAACUGAACCUUAUUCGACAGAUUCUCGAGAAAUAUUCUGCGACCCCCAUUGUCGCUCCACAGCAUGUUCGUGGAUUGGAUGUGGCGAGGCUUACAGGGAGGCAUUUUCCAGUUUUGGUGCCAGACACACCAAAAAGCAAAAACCCCUUGAGGAGAUGUAUAGUAUGUUCGCAGACGAAACUUGCACCGAAAAAAAGGAAGGAGUCCAGAUACAUGUGCAAAGAUUGCGAUGUUGGUUUGUGUGUGGUGCCAUGUUUCGCUACAUAUCAUACAAUGUCAAAGUUUUGAAUUGGUUGUGCAAUAAAAAUUAAUCUAAAUGAU